GGUGGUGGUGGUGAUGACGCCCGAAGGCGCCUCGAACCUUGGCCCAGAUCUGAGGUUCCACGUCACAAGCAGCCAGCGCCCUGCGCGCGCGCCUCCCCACCUGACGGGUGAUGUCACAAACAUGGUGGCGAUUUGAGCUCCGGUGCGAGUAGGAAUCAGAGCAGCAGACGCGGUCGCCGUGCCCUGGCUCAGCCCUCCCUCCCUCCCUUCCCUCCUUCCCUGCCUGCCGCGCCCCCUGUUCGCCCGACUCACCUCUCGAUGUCGGAUAAUCAGAGCUGGAAUUCUUCCUCCGAAGAGGAUCUGGACACCGAGUCGGGGCCGCCUGUUGAGCUGUGCGGGAUACUGAGCAAGUGGACCAACUAUAUCCAUGGCUGGCAGGACCGAUGGGUAGUUUUAAAAACCAAUACCCUAAGUUACUACAAAUCUGAAGAUGAAACAGAGUACGGUUGUAGAGGUUCAAUCUGUCUGAGCAAGGCUGUCAUUACUCCCCAUGAGUUCGAUGAAUGUCGUUUUGAUAUCAGUGUGAAUGAUAGUGUGUGGUACCUCCGUGCUCAAGACCCGGACCAUAGACAGCAAUGGAUAGAAGCUAUUGAACAGCACAAGGCAGAAUCUGGCUAUGGAUCAGAAUCAAGUCUACGACGUCAUGGUUCCAUGCUCUCCCUCACAUCUGCAGCAAGUGGUUAUUCUGCUACAUCCACCUCAUCAUUUAAGACUUCCAUUGGGCCAGUCCAAGAUCUCAACCUUCAGAAAGGCCAUAGCUUGCGUGAAAAGCUUGCUGAAAUGGAAACCUUCCGUGACAUCCUCUGCCGACAGGUUGAUACACUACAGAAGUACUUUGAUGCUUGUGCAGAUGCUGUUUCUAAAGAUGAACUCCAGAGAGAUAAAGUAGUGGAAGACGAUGAAGAUGCUUUUCCAACCACAAGAUCAGAUGGUGAUUUUAUACAUAAUAAUGGCAGCAAAGAGAAAUUGUUUCCAUGUGUGACACCCAAAGGGAUCAAUGGAAUAGAUUUUAAAGGUGAGGCUAUCACUUUUAAAGCUACUACAGCUGGCAUUCUGGCUACGCUUUCGCACUGCAUUGAACUGAUGGUAAAACGAGAAGACAGCUGGCAGAAAAGAAUUGAUAAGGAGAUUGAAAAGAGACGAAGAGUAGAAGAUGCUUACAAGAAUGCAAUGUCGGAACUUAAGAAAAAAUGUCACUUUGGUGGGCCUGAUUAUGAGGAAGGUCCAAACAGUUUGAUAAAUGAAGAGGAAUUCUUUGAUGCUGUUGAAGCUGCUCUUGACAGACAAGAUAAAAUUGAAGAACAGUCUCAUACAGAGAAGUCAAGAAUUCAUUGGUCAGCUGCUGUGCCUUUUGGUGAUUCCUUCUCGACAGUUGGUACCCACAGAUUUGCCAAACAGGUUGAAGAAAUGGUGCAAAAUCAUAUGCAGUACUCUCUGCAGGAUGUAGGUGGAGAUGCAAAUUGGCAGUUGGUGGUGGAAGAGGGAGAAAUGAAGGUGUACAGGAGAGAAGUUGAAGAGAAUGGGAUUGUCUUGGAUCCUCUCAAAGCAACACACUCUGUCAAAGGUGUUACAGGUCAUGAAGUUUGCCAUUAUUUCUGGAAUGUUGAUGUUCGCAAUGAUUGGGAAACAACAAUUGAAAACUUCCAUGUAAUAGAAGUUCUAUCAGAUAAUGCAAUCAUCAUCUAUCAGACUCACAAGAGGGUUUGGCCGGCCUCUCAGAGGGAUGUGCUUUACUUGUCUGCAAUUCGAAAGGUUCCAGCUACAAAUGAGAAUGAUCCAGAUACGUGGCUUGUCUGUAAUUUUUCUGUCGAGCAUGACAGUGCUCCUAAUAAUAGAUGCGUACGUGCCAAAAUAAACAUUGCCAUGAUCUGCCAGACAUUAGUAAGCCCUCCAGAAGGUAACCAGGCAAUCAGUCGAGACAACAUUCUGUGCAAGAUUACAUAUGUAGCCAAUGUAAAUCCUGGAGGAUGGGCACCAGCAUCAGUACUUCGGGCUGUUGCAAAACGUGAAUACCCCAAAUUCCUCAAGCGUUUUACAUCAUAUGUGCAGGAGAAGACUUCGGGCAAAGACAUUCUUUUCUAGUAUCCAGAGUGUUCAGAAUGGAUGUGCUGCUGUUCCGACCACUGUUUCUCUGGUGAUCAACAAAUAGACGCAAAGGUAUUCUCCUACGCUCGGGGAUUACGUGAUUCCAAACUGGCACAAUGAAUUUCUAAUGUCUUUUCAUCUCGCAAGGCCAGUCCCAGUUCUCAGCCUGCACCCAGCUGCUAUCGGCUGCUACAUUGUAUCUGUGGCUGAUUGUUCAACACUGUCUGUGCUCUGUUGCAUUUUGGUGCAUCAGUGUGUAAUUCAUUUGUAUGUGCAGCUCAUACAGCCGUUUACAAUUUGACCCAGCAUUUUUUUACAGAAGCAAUCACACUUUGGAACAAAAACAAUAGGUUGAUGGCUUUAAUUGUUUAAAAAAAUAGCAUGCUUGUUAAUGUAGGCCUGCAUAAUCAUGGCCAAAACUUCAACUUUUUUUUCACAGCAAACAAACAGCCUAAUUUGUGUUCUUAAAUUUCACAAGUGUUAACCAUCUUUGGGGUCUACAAUGGGAUUAUUUUCUUUAAGUCUUAAGUCUUGCUAAUCAGCACCCUAAUCACUGAACUCAUCACACUCUUCUAUUGGUAACUUCUAACACCAGUAUCCUUGUUUUUUCCCUUUGAAACUAAUCUCUUGUAAAAUCAGUUCAGGGCUGACUGUGCUCUUUGACCUCUGGCAUUUGCCCCUUCUUUCUUACUAUCUCCUAUGAAGAACAAGUAGUUUUGAUGGAGAUUUUGAAAAGCUUUAUUUCUGUUUUGUUUACAAACUUUCUACUGCAUUUUUUAGUUUGUAUAUUUGUUACAAAUAUUUUUGUUGUAAUUGAAAGUUCUGAAUUCUUUAAGAUGGUGGUAUGGGCUGAAAAGGGGAUAACAGUACUUGAAACAUGUCAAAUGAGGGUUUUUUUCAUUUUGAAAUAGAUUGAUGUUCUAGUCAUGACCAGUGAAGACAUGUCGUUAAAGAAUGAAUGACCUGUUUUAAGCAAUAUUGGUGCAAGAGGGAUGUAUUUUUGUGAGUAAAGUUUGAUGGCUAAAUCAUAGUUGAUAGGCAAAGGCUAUUGCAUAAAUCUUUAAUGCACCACUUUCAAAAACUGCACAUCUUCCUCUUCACUAAUGCUAUUGUGCAGAAUCUGUUCUGAAUUGAAUUAAUUAUCUGAUCAGCAGAACUAGCCAACUGUAUUUCGUGAAUGGAUAGGCAUGCUCUUCAAAUGUAUAGUUAUUUGGAAUAGGCAUAUCUGAAGAACUUUGGUUCCCUUGAAAUUCUGUGCCGUGAGAUCCUUUUUCUUCCUGUUGAUUUCAAGACUGUACUUGGUGCUGUGUUUGUAACUGCAUGCAACUAAAAUAUUUAUACUGUUUUCAUUGCUGGAUUGUAGAAAUACUUGGUCUUAAGUUGUGCACAUAAUAUUCCCUCUUAUUUUGCAACAACUAAACUUGACUUUUUUAAUAAUAUCUAAAGUUUAAACCUGUAACAGAAACUUUUGUAUGGUGAAUAACUGUUGUAUGUGAUCAGCAUAAAGUACUUCAUUUUUUUUCGCAGCACAUUACUCAGUACAUUAUAUCCAAUACAAACAGCUACAAUUGUAAAAGUGCCUAAAUUUGAGGAUUGGUUAUGCAGUCAGUAGAUUGUCUUACUAGAUUCUGAGAGCAGCCUGUUCAAUUAUGAGUAUGAUGUAUUGAGAAUUGAUUUAGAACAUGUUUAGUUGUACCUGAACUUUCAGACUGACUAAAAGCAUCCUACUGUUUAUAAGGAACAUGCUGAUCAGUUCCAUGGUUCAGCAGACAUUCAUAAUCUGCAUUUUUAAAAUGGUCAUGUAAAUAGCUAUAAAUCAACAAGAAGAAAGGAUUGCUUAACUGAAUGCAGAGGUUUCUUUCAAUUAGACAGAAUAAAUAUAUCUCUUAUAUACAAGUGAAAUACAGAUUUCCAGAUAUAUGGUUCAUUUUGGCAUUGAGUCAACUUGUAGCUAACGUUAGUCAGAGGCAACAUAUAGGGGAUGCUUUUGGACUCCUGUUCAUUCCCAUUCUAUUUUAGUUGGUAGAAAUAUGCUGCUUAAUGAGAUUGUGAUGAAAUUAUUUCCUACAAAACACCUCCCUCAAUACUAAUUACAAUUCAGAUCAGACUACACAAAGGUGUUUUUUUUUAAAUACUUCCCACCAGCUCUUUUUUCCAUCCCAUACCCUGGCACUUUGCCAAGUUGCUAGCUUGUUUGAUUGCUUACAUUCUGUUUACUGUGCAUGUACUAAUUUUUCAUCACCUGCAUGAUUUUAAAAGAAUCAGUAUAAUUGUUCUUAUGAACCAAAGAAAUUCCCCCACAAAAUCUUAUGCCAAGUUAACAUUCCAAAUGGUGUAUGAAAUAAAACUGUAAUUGGAAGUGUUGGCUGCCCAGUAGUACAUGUUUAAAGACUGAUGCUGACAAAUGGUUUCAGAAGUGUUUUCCAGUGCUCUCUGUUCAACGCAAGGGUGCAUCAUUGGGUGGAGUACAAUAAGUGAGGUCUUGCAUGGCAGAAUCAUAUUGACACCUAAACUCAGAAGCUAAAUAAUGGCAACUCUGGGAGAUUAAGUGCUACAUAGUGGUAUUUUAGAAUGUUUGUUUCAAUCAAUGGGGCUUGUGUUUUGGUAAGUGGCCAUACGUAGGCUAGCAAUGAGAUUUUUUUUCCCAAAAAUGAUAUUUGGGUCAAGCAUUAGUGUGAUGAGUCAGAUAAAUUGGUUAAUCUGCUGAUGGGAGUAGGUUCUUUACCCUUUGCAAACAUUUGGGCCAUCUUUCCUUAAAAUUCUUUUCAUUUAUAUUUAAACUAGAAAUAUGGGAAUUGAUGUCAAUUGCACAAAUGAACCAUGCACUGGAUUUAAAGUAAACAAAGUGUAGCAGUUUACAGAGCCAGAUGUUGAUAAAGCCACUAUUGAUUUCAGUCAUGCAUGAGAACCCCUUGCAUUCAAUACAGAAUUUUUUUGCAUAGGUUUUCUUGGGAACUUGGGGUUUGGGGAAGAGUGCUUUUUGAUUGAAUAUCCCAAAUGAAAACUGUUCAAUACCUGACUAACUUAUCAAUGGGAAGUUUAGCAACAGUGCAGGUUUAAAAACCUGUAACUUGUUUGAAUUAAGCUAACUUUUAAUAAAUUGGGAAGUUUACGUGUAUAGAACUUGAUAUUGUUAGUCGCAUUUGCACUAAAUGUGAUAUAAUUUUGAAAUUCUGGUAUAAAGUGAUUACACUAAAGAGACGGUUGUAAAGUAUUGAAACUUUGGAAUGUAAAACAGCUCAUUUGCAGGUUAAAAUACGGACUUCUAUUUCAAAAUAUAUUGUGUGUAGAACAUGCUGAAAGAUUUGUUUUUAUGAAAGCUUUAUAUCCUGAUUUAGCUUUGUGUACAAUAAAACACUGGUUAAUGUCUGUGAUAUUGAACUGUAAAAGUUUUUUCAAUCAGCAAUGUGUAAAGAUCAGUUUAUAAAGUUUAGUUCCUCCAUGUUAUUACAAAUUAAAAUCCAGUAUUUAAAAAGUGAAAAGUAUUAAAACAUUAUAGAAGA